GUGUUCUUAAUAGUUUGUUUUUCACACUGAAACAAGAGACUUACUUGUUUGUUUUCACACUAAUUUAAGACCAUGUAUCAUCCAUAAUCCUUUACUAUAUUUCAUCUUCUAAUAUCCCUUCCAAAAACCCAGGAAAAGUUUGAAGACGACAUCUUGAGUUGACCUGACAAAUAUAUUUGGAAUCUCACAGCUUCAUCCUCAAAUCAACAUUCUAAGAUUCAUCUUAUUCAAUAGCUUCGUUCAAGAUUGUUAGGGGAAAUUUGAUAAGAUGGAAAUAGAGACUAAAUUUUUUUGUGAGAGCAUAAAGACUUUAAUUGAUGAGCUGAAAAUAUUUGGAGCUGUUGUGAACCAGCGAAUCCUCUGUUUGGAUGAACUUCAAAAUUUAGGAAGCAAAAUUGAAUAUCUUCUGUGCAAGCAAAUUGAUGAUGAUGUUCUUAUACAAAAUAAGGGUUCAAGUGGAGGAAAUAUUAAGGCCAUUCAUUCUGGUUUGAGGCCUUCCAAUAUCCUGAAUUUGAUCCAAACAUCUUUUAAACGAGGAGAACUACAAAACCAAGGACUCAUUGAAGUUUUUUAUAUCUGUCUUUCUAAGGGUAAUAGUAGAAGGAUUCAUUUUGGUUUGGAGCCUCCCAAAUUCCAGAAUGUUCUCUUUGUAGAGUGUCCUACAACAUACCAUUUGAAGUUCCAUAUUUGCGUUAAUAAAGAGGGGCAAAUAAACAGCAUUACAUGGAACAAGAAGAUGUCUCUACAUAACAAUGAACCCUUUCUUGACUUCAAAUUUAAACAACCAUUAGCCAAGGAUGGAAAAAUAACUUCACAAUUGCAACACAACUCCACUAGUAGUAAUUAUCCAUAUAAGUACAAGGAAACCAUGCCAAGAUCAUAUCCUAAAUUUAAGCACAAACGUGAGGAAAUUGCACAAUAUGUUUCAUUUGUUGUAGUCUUGACCAUUUUAUUUGGUUCCCUUUUCUUUGACAUGUGGAUCGAGCCAUUACUUAUGAAGGUCCAACGUGGUCCAAUAUGGGUGUCCUCACUCAGGUUUUUUGGUUUUAUGGCGUUUGUUUGGGCCGUUGCUAUAAUGAUUCUUGUUGGUGUACCCUUCGUCCGAGUGCAGAGGGUUGUGUUUAUCUUCUGGGCUAUUUUGAUGCAUCUUAAAUCGCACAAUUCAAUCACCGCAAUGUGUGUUCCAAUACUCGGAAUAGUUGUCUUUGGGGUGUUUGCUCGUGGAAAAUUUUAGAGAAUAUUGGAGUUAAAUUUGCAACUUGUGUUUCGUGUUGUAUUAUGUGCUUGUAAUGUAAUAUAUAUUGGUGUUCACCAAAAAAAACCUUUCCUUGGUAGCACCACUUUGUGCACUAAACUUGUGUUUUAAUUAAUUAUUAACAUUUUGUUCAA